AUGCAUCUUAACAAGGCGAGCAUUUUUUCUGUGUGCCUCCUGGCACUGCGCAUUGGUGUCGCAGCGGCGCCCACCGAGAACAUAAACACUGCUUUGAUCGUCGAUCAGGACCACAACACUACUUCUGUAGCUGAUGGCCAUCUCCCUCUUGGAAACACCGGUAUCGAGUUCCCGGUACCGGUUGCAGGACUAGAGAGGCGGAAGGCAAAGGGUAGUAGUAAGGGGACUUCCCGCAAGCCCUCCAAAACGACCAAGAAGAAGAGGCCGACCAAGCCCAAGCCCGCGAAUUCUAAGGUUACUUCCAAGGCGAAGCUGAGUCCGACAAAGUCAAAGAGCGUGUCGAAGUCCGCCUCGAAGACUAAAUCUGCCAAGGAUCCUUAUGGUAGCUGCAAGCCGAAAAAGGGUGCCAAGGGCACCAAGGGAACUAAGACGAAGGGUAAGAAGGGUGUCAAGCGGGAGGAAGAGGGUUUCACGCCUAUCUCCGACGAACAAUACCAUAGUCUCGCAGCUCGUGACCGGAAGAUUCUCCAAGCUGGUGCUGUUGAACUGCAAUUUCCGACACAUCCCUCCAGUGGAGAUGCAAUUCGUGUAAAGCGGUACAAAGCCGACGGCAUGAAAGCUUACGGAACAGUCAACCCCGAUCCCUGUGACGAUGACUAUGCCCUUAAGGUCGUUACAUACCCUACGGCCCAGGGGCAGGGUCUUAUUGGUGAGAAUUGGGACACAGAACACGUGAUGGAUGCUCAGAUCAUCCAACAAUUCUUCGAGUACCUGAACGAUAAUCUUCCAACAACCAACAUGCCAGCUCAAUGGUGGUCACGAGAUUCUCAAACGGGAAAGAUUGGGCACUUCCAGGUCCAACGUGCUUUUAGAUAUAUGCGCGAUUUCUGGGAAGAUCGGAAAGGUACCGGUGGCAUUACUGCUACCGACCACCUGCUCGCGGUGUAUCCGGGAACACACCAAUAUACCGGAGAGCUAACGCUCUUGGGUCACGGAAUCAACCGCAAGAAGGAGUCGAUCUUCGGACACGGCGGAGGCUCCUGCAUUGGUUCUUCCACAUGGCGAGGUUUGGAUUAUUGGGGUAAGGUCGAUAAACUAAGAGAAUGUGUUCUACUGGCCAAGUACAUGAACCAUGCCGACAUCCAAGACAGCUUUGAAGCGGUUGCCACACGUAUUAAGAAACGUCUCACAAAGAUGGAGGACGUGGGUGGUUUCAUGGAAUCUACCGACGACUACUGGGCACGUAAGAUGAAUAACAACAAGUACCUGGAUCGUCAGGGUGAAGUUUACAAGGACCAGAGGCUGGACAGAUACUGGCAGCAAUGGCUCAAACAGUUUAUGGCUACACGAUUAAGCAACCUGUCGACUGAAAUCACGACGAAGCUUCGUGAGCUCGAUACUAUUCAGAAGGGGGCCCAGAAGGAUCGCAACCUCAGCCAGCAGAGGAGGGACAGGAUCGCAUCGCGAUACAGGAGGAUUGACCGAGCGUGGACUGCGACAAAGCCGCUCCGGAACCCAGCGCCGUAA